GGCACGGCACGGCACGGCACGACCGAGCUCCAGUCUGCCCCCGCCCCCAUCCGCACCGCACGUCCGCCUUGGCCCGGCAAAUGGCGUCGCCGGCGCGGCGGCUCCUGCAGACCAACUCCGUGCAGUACCCGACGCUCCCCGCGGCCGACCCGCCGAGCCCGCUGGCCGUCGACUCCGACGUGGUGGUCAUCCUCGCCGCGCUCCUAUGCGCGCUCAUCUGCGUCGUGGGGCUGGCCUCCGUGGCCCGGUGCGCGCGCUCCCGCGCCGCGCCCGCCGCCGCCAGGAGGGGGCUCAGGAAGAAGGCGCUCAGGGCGCUGCCGAGCCUCGCGUACGAGGACGCCGUGGCGGCCCGGGCCGGGGACGGGGCGGCGGAGGUCCUGGCGGAGUGCGCCAUCUGCCUCUCGGAGUUCGCGCCACGGGAGGAGGUCCGCGUGCUGCCGCAGUGCGGCCACGCCUUCCACGUCGCCUGCAUCGACACCUGGCUCGCCGCCCACUCCUCCUGUCCCUCGUGCCGCCGCGUCCUCGUCGUCGGCGACGCCGCCAGUAAGCGCCCGCCCCAGCCUAAGCGCUGCCGCAAGUGCGAGGCGGCCAUGGACGAACCCUCCUCGUCGUCCGGUUCCGCCGGCGACACGGCUACCGGUUCCUGACCCUUCUCACGAGUGCCACAGCCACGCCGCCGCCAGUUUCUAGCAACUGGGCCGGCAAGCUUAGCUCCACUGGAAUUCCGUCAUCAUCAGGUGCCGCCGGUUUCUAGCAACUGGGUUGGCAAUCUUUAGCUCCACUCCAGUUCAUUCCAAGGAUUCGAACGUUGAUGCUGUAAAUUGCAGGUUGGUCGAUUAUGUACAUAUUUAUUUUCAGAUUAGAAACAUGUUAAAGUAUCGUGUGAAUGUGAAUCUCAGAAACAGAAUCUUUCUUCGCAACUC